UGAUACGCGUUUACAUACUUGUAGACCCAAUACUUAAAUCACAAAGAGACAAUGAGUCGAACGGUCAACAAAAACCCCUUUUGAAACCAUAAAUCAACCCAUUCGUAACCCCCAACUAACAAUCAUCAUCUUCUCCACCACCGAUCUAGGGUUUUGCAGUAAACUCGCAAUCCACAACAAUGAUCUACCUCUUCUUCGGCGUUCUCUUCAUCGAAAUGCUAACAAUUCUGUUGCUCUUAUUCAAAACUCCACUCCGAAAGCUUCUGAUAAUCGGAUUAGAUCGUGCGAAACGCGGCAGAGCACCGUUGGUUGUCAAAUCCGUUGGUGCUACCGUCUUUGUCAUCAUGAUGUACAACGUUUACAGCGUUACGGAGAUCCAGAGCCGUCCGGCUGACGUCAUCAACCCUACCGAUCAGAUUCUACUUGCGUAUCACAUGCUCGAAGCUUCUCUCAUGGGAUUCUCGCUUUUCCUAUCACUAAUGAUAGACAGACUACAUCAUUACAUAAGAGAACUUCGAAUACUCAGAAAAACCAUGGAAGCCGCAAAGAAACAAAACCGAGCAGCAGAAGAAACCAAGAACAAAGGUGCAGACGAUGUCAAAGUCCUAAACGAUGAAUUAUUUAAAUUGAAGUCACAAAUUAAAAAACUCGAAUCUGAACAUGAAUUAAAGGAAAAAGAUAUCAAAUCCGCAGAAGCUAAUUCACUCGCUCUCAAGAACCAAUCAGAAGGGUUUCUUCUUGAAUAUGAUCGUUUGUUAGCCGAAAACCAGAAUCUUAGAGAUCAAUUGCGGGCAAUUGAUGAAAGUGCAUCAUAUUCUAGUGGAAAGAAGAAUAUGUGAGGUAAGAAAAUAAAUAAUAACCCUUGUUGAAAAUGAAGAAUUUAGUAUUUGACAUCUUUUUAUCAUGGGUAUUUUGGUAAAUUUCCGGCUUUAUAUAUGUAUUCUAAAAGAACUAUAGUCUCAAUGUUGCAAUCUGUUUCUCCUUUUUUUUGUUUA